UACAAAACCUGUCUCUCUCUUUCUGCCUUUCUAGUUUCCUCUCUCAUCUCAUUCCCCACUCUUCUCCUUCAUGGCACAUCGUCACAAAACCCAUUUCACAAUCCACCCUUCCCCGCCACUACAACACUAGCAACCAACACAAGAAAAAACAUCGCCAAACGACGUCGUUUCCAAAUGGCAUUCCAUUUCCACAUUAUGUUUAUGAUCUUGAUCUUCGUAGCUCUUGUGCAGCCGAGUGAGCGAGUCAACGCGGAGCCGACUCAGGACAAACAAGCCCUCCUCGCAUUCCUCUCCCAGACCCCGCACGCGAACCGGGUCCAAUGGAACACCUCCGGUUCGGCCUGCACCUGGUUCGGAGUCCAGUGCGACUCGAACCGCUCCUUCGUUACUUCCCUCCACCUCCCCGGCGCUGGCCUUGUGGGCCCCAUCCCCCCCAACACAAUCUCCCGCCUCACGCGCCUCCGUGUCCUCAGCCUCCGCUCCAACGCCCUCGUGGGCCCCAUCCCCGCCGACUUCGCCAACCUCACCUCCCUCCGCAACCUCUACCUCCAGAACAACCACCUCUCCGGCGAGUUCCCCGCAACCCUAACUCGCCUAACUCGCUUGACUCGCCUCGAACUCUCCUCCAACAACUUCUCCGGCGCAAUCCCAUUCUCUCUCAACAACCUCACUCGUCUAACAGGCCUCUUCCUAGAAAACAAUUCCUUCUCCGGCAACCUCCCCAGCAUUACAUUAAAGUUAGUUAACUUUACUGUCUCCAAUAAUCGCCUCAACGGCUCCAUCCCUAACAGCUUAUCGCGUUUUCCGGGAGAGUCGUUCUCCGGAAACAACGACCUCUGCGGGAAACCGUUACAACCAUGCACACCCUUCUUUCCUGCUCCCGCCCCUUCGCCUUCUAUUGCUGUUCCACCGGUGGAACAACAACAGCAGAAGGCGAAGGGGCUUUCUAUCUCUGCCAUCGUGGGAAUUGUGGUCGGGUCUGCUUUGUUUAUAUUGCUAUUACUUUUACUUCUGUUUCUAUGCUGCCGGCGGAGGCGAAGACCCGCGAAGCCGCCGCCACAGGCUGUGGCGGCGGCAGCGGCAGCGCGUGGAGGGGCCGCGGAGGGCGGAACGUCGUCGUCGAAGGACGAAGACAUCACGGGGUCAGUGGAGGCUGCCGAGAGGAAUAAACUAGUGUUUUUGGAGGGUGGAGUGUAUGGGUUUGCAUUGGAGGAUUUGCUGAAGGCUUCUGCGGAGGUUUUGGGAAAGGGGAGCAUGGGGACUUCUUAUAAGGCCAUUCUGGAGGACGGGACCACGGUCGUGGUGAAGAGGUUGAAGGACGUGGCGGUUGCCAAGAGAGAGUUCGAGGCGCAAAUGGAGGUUGUUGGGAACGUUAAGCACGAGAAUGUGGUUCCUCUUAGAGCGUUUUACUACUCCAAGGAUGAGAAGUUGCUCGUCUACGAUUACAUGGCCGCCGGCAGCUUGUCUGCACUUCUUCACGGGAGCAGAGGGUCAGGGCGAACGCCGUUGGAUUGGGACACCCGAAUGAAAAUAGCACUGGGAGCUGCAAGAGGCCUCGCGUGCCUCCACGUGUCAUGCAAACUGGUCCACGGUAACAUCAAAUCCUCCAACAUCCUCUUCCACCCGACCCACGAAGCCUGUGUUUCAGACUUCGGGCUCAACCCGAUAUUCGCAAACCCGGUCCCCUUGAACCGAGUCGCGGGUUAUCGGGCACCAGAGGUUCAGGAAACCAGAAAGGUCACCUUCAAAUCGGAUGUGUACAGUUUCGGCGUGCUGAUGCUGGAACUUCUAACAGGUAAGGCACCAAACCAAGCCUCGCUGAGCGAGGAAGGGAUCGACCUUCCGCGAUGGGUGCAGUCUGUGGUUCGUGAAGAGUGGACCGCUGAAGUGUUCGACGCGGAACUCAUGAGGUACCAUAACAUUGAAGAGGAGAUGGUUCGGUUGUUGCAGAUUGCGAUGACGUGCGUUUCGCUCGUGCCAGAUCAGAGGCCCAACAUGGAUGAGGUGGUGCGCAUGAUCGAAGAUAUUAGCCGCAGCGAGACCACCGAUGAUGGGUUACGCCAGUCGUCUGAUGAUCCUUCGAAAGGAUCGGACGGUCACACGCCCCCGCAGGACGCUAGGACUACCCCUAGGUCGGACACGUCGUAGUAGUGAAGCUGUAAAGUGGAUAUAAUCAUAAAAAGCAAAAGAAGAAAAGAGAAAAGAGAAAAAAGAAAAAAUGAUUGUUGGAAUUGGAAAAAGAAAAAGAGAGGAAACGAGGAUGGGUGUGUGUGGGUCAUGAAAUUGUGCAAAGUUAAGUAAAUAAAUGAGUUGUUAAUUAUGGCGCGCGCGGGUGAUUGGGCUCCAGGGGUCCAAUUGAAUGUAUUUUUUUUUUGUUAGUUUUUCUAGUAUUUUAAUGAUUUUUUUAUUUUAUUAAUUUCAAUUAUAUUUUUAGACGGAGGAGUUUGAAUAGUUCGUGAAUACAAGUGUAAGAGGGUUCGUAUUGCGUAGUCUUUUUUUUUUUUUUUUUCUAUAAAUAAUUUUGUCCAAAAUAAAGCUUUUUAAUUGUUUU